AUGGGGUGGCCCCAAACUCAGCCCCGUUCCCAGCUGCUGCUCACCAACACUGGCUAUGGCUCUCACCUGGGGCACCACCAAGAUGUCAGAGAAGAUGAUGGCAGCAUCCAGGGGGAAUCGUCUGAGCGGCUGCAGAGAGGAAGAGGCAUCUUCGGGGUGGACUAUAAACCCGUCAUCAGAUGGGAGCAGGUGGUGGAUCUGACAUAUUCCCUGCGCCUUGGAGCAAAGCCCAAGCCCAUGGAGCAGGAUGAGGCUGCAGUAGAGAAGCUUCGAUAUGUGCCCCCAACAUGGACUUAUGAAUGUGAUGAAGACCUGGUACAUUUCCUGUAUGAUCACAUUGGGAAGGAGGAUGAGAACUUGGGCAGCGUCAAGCAGUACGUGGACAGCAUAGAUGUCUCAUCCUACACGGAGGACUUCAAUGUGUCAUGCUUGACCGACAGCCAUGCUGACACGUACUGGGAGAGUGACGGGUCCCAAGGCCAGCACUGGGUGCGGCUCAACAUGAAGAAAGGCACCAUUGUCAAGAAGCUCCUGCUGACAGUGGAUACCACUGAUGAGAACUUCAUGCCCAAGCGGGUGGCCGUGUAUGGGGGCGAAGGGGACAAUCUGAAGAAACUGAAUGAUGUCAGCAUCGAUGAGAGCUACAUUGGGGAUGUGUGUGUUCUUGAGGACAUGACAACACACCUGCCUGUCAUCGAGAUCAGGAUUGUGGAGUGCAGAGAUGAUGGGAUUGAUGUUCGCCUCCGAGGCAUCAAAAUCAAAUCCUCCCGCCAGAGGGACUUGGGGCUCAGUGCUGACAUGUUCCAGCUGCCCAACUUGGUGCGCUACCCUCGCCUCGAAGGGACAGACCCUGACCUGCUGUACCGACGGGCCGUGCUCAUUCAAAGGUUCAUCAAGCUCCUGGACAGUGUCCUGCAUCACUUGGUGCCAGCCUGGGACCACACUGUUGGCACAUUCAGCAAACUCAAGCAUAUCAAGCAGUUCUUGCUGCUGUCCAAGAGGCGCACAGCUCUCAUUACCCAGUGUCUGAAGGACUCAGAGACCAGCAAGCCCAAUUUCAUGCCACGGCUCUACAUUAACCGACGCCUGGCAAUGGAGCACCGAGACAACCCUGCCUUGGACCCCAGCUGCAAGAAUGCUGUCUUCACCCAGGUAUAUGAAGGCCUGAAACCCUCAGACAAGUUUGAAAAGCCUCUAGAUUAUAGGUGGCCGUUGCGUUAUGACCAGUGGUGGGAGUGCAAAUUCAUCGCAGAGGGCAUCAUUGACCAAGGUGGUGGUUUUCGGGACAGCCUGGCAGACAUGUCGGAGGAGCUGUGCCCCAGCUCGGCAGACACCCCCGUGCCUCUCCCCUUCUUUGUGCGCACAUCCAACCAGGGUAAUGGCACUGGAGAAGCAAGGGACAUGUACGUCCCCAACCCCUCUUGUAAAGACUUCCCAAAGUAUGAGUGGAUCGGACAAAUCAUGGGAGCAGCUCUGAGGGGCAAGGAGUUUCUGGUCCUUGCUCUUCCUGGCUUUGUAUGGAAACAAUUAACAGGGGAGGAGGUCAGCUGGAGCAAAGACUUCCCUGCCGUGGACUCUGUGCUGGUGAAGCUCCUGGAGGUGAUGGAAGUCAUGGACAAAGACACCUUUGAGUUCAAAUUUGGGAAUGAGCUGACCUACACGACGGUGCUGAGUGACCAGCGUGUGGUGGAGCUGAUUCCCAAUGGCAGCAGCACCGUGGUGCGCUACGAGGACCGCAAGGAGUUCAUCCGCCUGGUGCAGAAGGCCCGGCUGGAGGAGAGCAAGGAGCAGAUCAUGGCCAUGCAGGCUGGGCUGCUGAAGGUGGUGCCCCAAGCUGUUCUUGACCUCCUCACCUGGCAGGAGCUGGAAAAAAAAGUCUGUGGAGACCCUGAAGUCACAGUUGAUGCCCUGAAGAAGCUCACCCGCUUUGAGGACUUUGAGCCACUGGACACACGUGUGCAGUACUUCUGGGAAGCGCUCAACAACUUCACCAAUGAGGAUCGAAGCCGCUUCCUCAGAUUCGUCACUGGCAGAAGCCGCCUUCCAGCACGGAUCUACAUCUAUCCAGACAAGAUGGGCUCCGAGACGACAGAUGCUUUGCCAGAGUCAUCCACCUGCUCCAGCACCCUCUUCCUGCCCAACUAUGCCACAGCCAAGGUGUGUGAAGAGAAGUUGCGCUAUGCUGCCUAUAACUGUGUGGCCAUUGACACAGAUAUGAGUCCCUGGGAAGAGUGAUGUUGCAGCCUGACCAAACAGCAUGGACAAUCAUUCGACAGAACUGUGCAGUGGGAAGAGCUCCCUUAUCCUCCCAGGAUGUGUAUAUAUAAUAAAUAUAUAGGUGUGAA